AUGUCAAUGUCAACUCUUAUUUCAUUAUCAACAUCUACAAUUUCUAAUACAAAUCGAUCAACAAAUAUUUCCAGUGAAACGAACAAUGAAGAAGAUCAAUUAAAUCGUAUUAAUUUACAAGCAUUACAAAAUCGUGAUCCAUAUAUAACGAAAAUUAUCGAUCAGGCUCAACGUGUUUGUGUUUAUAAAUUUAUUGGUGAAAAACGUGAAUGGGAACGCAAAGAUCUUGAAGGAACACUAUUUGUUUAUGAAAGAACGUGUGAACCUUAUCACGGUUUUGUUAUAUUAAGUACCGUAUCACGUGAAACAUUUGUACAGAUAAUUAAACCAUCUAUGGAAUUUAAACAUUCACCUAACUACGAAGCAUUCCUACAAUAUAAAGUUGAUGUCGGAGAUAUUUAUGGAAUAUGGUUUAUAUCGAAAAAUGAUUGUCCACGUGUAACUGAAUGUUUAAAACGUUUAACAAUCCAAGCAAAAGAAAUUGAGCAAUCAAAACAAAACCCAUCAACAAUUAAUUUCAAUAAUCAAAAUUUAUUUACAACAUUAAAUCAAGCUGGAUCAGAUAUAUUUUCAUUAUUGGUUAAUGCUCAAGAAAAAUUUCAAGAAACAAAACGAAAACAAGAAGUGAAUAAUACGGAUGCAAUAGCCUCUAUGCCAGCGGCUUUAUUACGUCUUUUUUCUACACAAGAUGCAUCAUCAUCAGCAGCAGUAGCAAAUAAUGAUGAACGUGAACAAGAAUUAAAAAAAACAUUGGGAAUUUUAGGAAAACCGGCUUUAAGUGUAACUGAACUUGAAAAAAAAUUAUUACAACCACCAUCAUUAGAAAUAACAAAACCUAUGGUCGUUUCAAAAAACAAUAAUAAUAAUAAUAAUAUAAUUGAAAGUCUGUCUAAACAUGUGCCGAUAGAAAAUAAAAAUUCCAUUCAAACAGCUCCUCACUCGAUAUCAUCAUGUGUUGGAACUACGUCUGCAAAUGAUUGGACAACAUCAUCAGAUCAGAAUCUUUUCAAUGGAUUUGAUACAUUUUCGAAUAAUAAUAAUGGUCGUCUAAUGACACCAGCUGAAUUUCAAACAUUACAGAUAACUCAAACACCUGUUUUCAUUCCUCAAAUACAAACUGAUCCAGUAGCAUCCUGUCUUCACUGUCAAAAUUCAUCUAUGAAUCGCUUGUCGAAAGAUACUCUUCGACAAUUAUUAAUUGAUAUGCUUAAAAAUGACGAAGAAUUUCUAACAGGAUUGCAUAACGCUUAUACAGAAAAACAAAAUGAUCUACAUCGAAUUUAUUAA